CGGCCAUUGUGAGCCUUAUCGCCGAGACCCAAGUCAUAUCCACUUAUUGCCACCAAACAAAGAGGGCCGCCCUGACAAAUCAUUUGCACGUGUGUUUUGCCAGCAUUAUUGCCAAAUCUCAGUUCCAUUGACUUCCAUUAACACCAUCUCAUCAGCGUACAAACACUCUUUCGCCUUCAAACUGAAGACUGCCUAGGACUGACCUCAGAAGCAGUAACCUUUGUGUUGUAUUUAUCCCCAGCUAGUCGUCCUACGAAGCAUCACGCUCACUUCUCACCGUGACUCAAUUCAAAUCAUCGAAUUGUUUCAUGCGAUGACCUCAUUCACUGCUGCCUCUCUGCUCAGUCGAAGUGAUAAGGUCAACAUGAGUCGCCUGCCAUCUGUUUCCACUCUAAUGUCCCCCCCAGAGUCCAAACCUCUUGAAAGUUUCAAUCCCACUACAUUUUCACCGUAUACAAUGUCGCAGGAUCCGUCCUAUAGUCAUGAAGUGAGGCUUCCUCCUAUCUCGAGUGAUCGAAAGCGAACACAGUCAGAAAUGGACUUGCCAUCGCCACCUGUUACUCCAUAUACAGGAAAUAAAAAGCGGCGAUCAAACACAUCAGAUCAGAUUGAGAAGGAUGUCGUGGUCGGCUCCUCUAGGGACCCUGUUCUCUUUCCCCGCCACGAAUCUCUUACUGAUAUUGCCACUGAUGAGCCGUUGUUUGGAUCCAUGCUUCCUCCAUCUGCGGAAGCGUUGGUUGACCAACACAUAAACUCUCAUAUGGCGAGAUUUGAAAAUAAACUUAACAAGCCGACUCGCGACGAAUAUCUUCUAGCUCUCUCAUGUGUACCGAUUGUAUCUGCUCAAUUUAACCGCAACCCAGCAGCAUGGGCCAGAGAAGAGCGGGAGACUUUAGAGCGCCAGUUGAUUCUGAUGAAUCGUUGUCGCCCGCGUGCUUUAGAAGCGAAGCUGAAGAAGAUCGCACCAGCCCCAACAAAGAGGACAGCUGCUGCCCAGCCUCGUGUGCAGCGGACACCCAGGGUAAAGCGGACACCAAGGUCCACGCCAAAGCAGAAGAUUCUCAACGCGUUUGACUCACCCCCGUCGAGUGCCAAGCCAUCUCGCGCCAUAGGCACAAACCGGGAUGACACAGAUUAUAAUUCCAUCAAAGAUUAUUCUCCUUCAAUAGAGACGCUUCAAGGAAAUGCAAAGGCGUUGAAGGCAGAUUGGAAAGGCCAAGUGCUAGAUCUCAGCCAUGAUCCGGAUCGGCACUUGCUGAGCUCUGCAGAGCUCAACCUCGCUGCCACCCUAAGGCUUUCCUGUGCAACUUAUCUAUGCAGCAAGCGCCGCAUUUUCGAAUCACGCGUGAAGUCUUUGAAUGUUGGUAAGGAGUUUCGCAAGACCGAUGCUCAACAGGCUUGCAAGAUUGAUGUGAAUAAAGCAAGCAAGCUCUGGACAGCAUAUGAGCGUGUUGGUUGGUUCGAUCCCGAACAUUUUCGACAAUAUCAAAUAUAACGAGCAGAAAACCUCAUACCUCGUUUUGAAGACCCCGAUGUCUGCAAUUUCUUUAUGAUACCACUCUCCAUGAUACCUUAGAGAGGCGAACUUCAUACCCCUGGAUAUUUAUCAGCCC